AUGAGUUCGCUUCCCGCGACCUCCGCACUGAGCGGCUCGCUGAGUGUGCGCGAGGCGAAGCGCGCGCUUCGGCAGCUGCUGCUGUCGCGGCGAAACGGCUUCCACCGCGCGCGGCUUCUCGCGCGAAGUGCCCAGCCUGCCCCCCCGCCGCCGCCGAGCGAGUGGAUAGGGAAGGAGAACGUCGGGGGGAACGUCCAGCGACGCGCUUCGCCCGAGGGCGCCUCGGCGCCGCGACUUCUCGGCGAGCCCCGAAAAGUCUUUCACGAGGCUGAGAAGGUCGCCUUCGCGAACUUGCACGAGGCGCGCGAGACGCAGCUCCAGGCAACUCGAGUUCUUCCUCAGAGCCACAGCCGGGACGAAGAGUCCGACCAUGGCGAGCGAGAAGCGGAAAAGCGGAGAGAGGCAGGGCACGCAACUGGGUCGCGCUCCGAGGUGCCGAAUGACGCAGAAGAUGCCCGCAGGAGUUCACCUUCUGACGCGGGCGGCGACCUCGGCAAGGCCCUCCAUGGCGAAAACAUUCCGCCAUGCAGCUCCUCAGGCUGGCGCAAUUCAGCCGCGUCUUCGAGUGAAUCAGCAAAGCUCUCUUCUGGAUGUCCUGACUCUUCUGCGGCGCGCGCGGCCUGCGCCACCUCCAGUGCAACAAGGCCGCCGCCUUCGGAGGCGCGCCUCAUCACGAGCGUUCGAGGGGGCAGCUUGGCGCGGGAUGCCGCCGCUAAAGGCGCCUGCGCCGAGAAGCCGCGGGCGAGGGGCGACCUGCCGGCGCCGGCGGAGGCAGACGAGAGCGGAGUUCGAGAGCGAGACGACGAGGAAGGCAUGCAGAGACGAAGGAGCAUGGAAGGCGCUUUCCAGAGGCUGCUCGGGGCCGUGUAUCCUCAAGUUGUUCACGCAGACGGAUGGCUGCGAUCAGGCAAGCGUUCACUGGUGGUCGCAGGCUACUCGCCGAUCGGCAGCGAACUCGACAGCAUGUUUCUGCUGAGCCUCGCAGAGAGUUUGGGCCACGUGUGCGCGCUGCCCUCGAUUGAAGAGAAGCGGGCGCCUCUCACUUUCCGGCAGUGGUUUUACGGCAUGCCUCUCGUUCCUGGGAAGUUCAACAUUCCUGCGCCGGCGGCGGACUGCAGACACCCGGUCGUGGAGCCUGAUGUGCUGAUUGUGCCGCUGCUGGGCUUUGAUCGCGUCGGGCGGCGUCUGGGCUACGGCGGCGGGUUCUACGACCGCACGCUGGACGACCUGCGCAGGCGGCGCGGCCUCACCGAGAAGACCUCUCGCUCCAAAGAAAAAAGAGACAACUUCGGGCCGGUCGGGCCUAUCUCGGCGCGGCUGCAUGCGGCGGAAGUCGCGCAGCAGCGAAAGAGUUCUUCGCUACCGCUCCUGGUCUGCGGGAUCGCCUUCGACUGCCAAGAAGUCGAUGAAAUCCCGACAGAAGUCUUCGAUGAGCCGCUGGACUGUCUGCUUCUCGAGCGCGAGCUCCGCGUCUUCUCGCCCGAGCUGGCAGAGGCGCUGAAGCCGCGGCAAGGCUCCUAG